AAUCCUUGCAAACCAAUCCCGCCGGCCGCACCCUUUUUGUUCUGCACCGACACGUUGUCCCGAUUGGGAAACCGAUCACUCUCGUUAUUGUAAGUGGGUGAGAGGGGACGAAAGAACGCGCAAGCUCGUUUAUUGUGUAGAAGAGACUGCCGGGACUUAACCCGCUGCCCGGAGAACAAUUGGUUGAGGUGGGAUAUAAGGAGGGCGGGGUUGGUGGAUGAAGAAUCAGUUCGCACACUUUGCACGUCCCCGCCUUCCUCUGCUCCCAUACCGCAUUCCAGCGGCCUGCGAUACACCCAUCCCUCCCUCCCUGCGACACCCAUGGACACCUUGUGCACGUUCGACAUAUUCUCUACCGACGCCCUGUCUUCGAGCAGGUCGGAGGAGCGCGAUCAGCCCCAGCCCCAGCCCGUUGAUGAAGACACAUCGCACAGCACCAACGGCGGAUGCAUCAUCUCAUAGCGCGCGCAGAUCCCAGUCGCACAUCCGCGAGUUAGACACUCGAAACCACCGCAUCACUCUUAUCAUUCAUGUGUAUCACCACCACCGCACUUAAUUACCACUGAGGCAUCACUUGCCAUGGGGCGGACGUUAUUGUAGGCCACUGUACUGUUGCUUUGUUCGAAUUCUUGGAGGCAGAGGCGUCAAUUUGUUGUUGUAAUGAGCAUUUGUAUAUCUCGCUAGAAUAUUAUUGCAUUUGAGGGGGAAUGCAUUGGUGCGUAGGAAGAGGGAUCUGUCAGA